AUGGCCCCUGAGGCGCCCAAGAAGAAAGUCGAAUGGCCCCCUGCCGUGCGCGAGUACGUGAGACGAGCCUUUGAUCCAGCCAACGCGAUACCUGGCAUCUCGCAAGCCGAAAUGCAAGCGAGGUUGAAGACGACGAUCGGCUGGUUUGCGGAGCGCAACUCGCAUGACACGGUACAUUGGCCUACAUUCCCUCUCCCCCAAGAGCUUCUCCUCGAGGAACGGCGAGUUGCCGCGCUCGGCACGCCUGUCAAUGGCGGUGUAAACGGCAUGCAAACUACAUACGUGAAUGGCUCGGCCGAACAAACUAACCAGACCACACCCCUUUCCAAGAAGCGCAAUGUUCACGACACUGAAGAGGCACAAGCCGAACAAGGGCAAACAACUAUGCCGCCGUGGCGCAAGACUAACCUAGCAUCUCGCAUGACAUAUGCCGACGGGCACUCUGAAAAACGGCAGAAGAAGAAUGCAUUCGCGGAGUCCGCAAGUAAGUUUGACCAGGGCGAGCUCGACAAGCGACGACAACGCUUUCAGCUCAGCAACAACGGAUCCAAGACGACGCCACCGCCGUGGGGCUCGCCACGCAAAGACGAAGACGAAAUGUCUAGCGGGCCCGUUGUGGGCACCAACGAGAAGCUUGAAAAGAGCUAUUUCCGCCUGACGGCACCACCCAAGGCUGAAACGGUGCGGCCGCUGCACGUGCUUAAGAAGACGCUGGCGAUGCUUGUGGAGAGGUGGAAGGCGGAAAAGAACUACAACUACAUUUGUAACCAGUUCAAGUCACUGCGGCAGGAUCUGACGGUGCAGCACAUCAAGAACGCGUUUACGGUCAAGGUGUACGAGAUCCACGCGCGCAUUUCGCUAGAAAAGGGGGAUUUGGGUGAGUAUAACCAGUGCCAGACGCAGCUCAAGUCACUGUAUGGGCAGAAGCUGGGGGGCAACCCAGCUGAGUUCAAGGCGUACCGCAUUCUUUAUUUUGUGUAUACAUGCAACAAGACGGACAUGAACGACAUGUUGGCAGAAUUAACCCUGGCAGACAAGACACACCCUUGGAUCAAACAUGCUCUUGACGUCCGCUCCUCGCUUGCCCUUGGCAACUACCACAAGUUCUUCCGGCUGUAUCUGGAAGCGCAGAAUAUGGGGGCUUACCUCAUGGACAUAUACGUGAAUGUCACGCUUCGUUUCCUCACUGAUGAACUUGGGUUCGACAACGAUGAAAGUUGCCGUGAAUUUCUCGAGAGCCACGGUGGGCAGAACAUCAUUGAAGACCGAGGCGACGGCCAGCACCGCGUCCGGAUCCGCGAAGUGGCUGCCGACAUUGAGCGGCUCCGUGCUGCUGCAUUCAGCAAAGUAGACAUCAAGGGCCAAAUAUGA